AUGGGUGGCAUGUCGUCCGAAGAUUGGCUCGAAGAAUCUCUUCAAGUUCCUCAGCACCAGGGCCACCAACAAAUCUCGGAAGUCGAGUACACCCGAUUGGCUGAACAAUUCCACACGACAGGCUAUCGGGAGGGUAUUCACAAAGGGAAAGACGCUGCGAUACAGGAAGGAUUCAACAAUGGUUUUGCGGCGGGAGCUCAGCGAGGGAAACGAUUGGGCUCACUCCGAGGACGAGCAUCGGCAACGUUGAACAUACUCCUAAAGCAUAUGGAAGAAGACGCUCGGGUACAUCGAGUACGCCAAUUGAUCAGAGAACUUAACCAGUAUGGGACCGCCCAAGAUCCAAAUCAUCCAACACAAGGGAACGCACUUGAAGACUUGACCAGCCGAAUGGAUGGAUUGAUGGCCCCAUCCAAUCCUGCCCAAUCUCAACCUGUCACACAACAGUAUCAAGAUGAGCAAGAUAAUCAACUUCUCGACCGAUGUCAAUUCGAACUGGAUGCUAUUCUAGCUAGUAUGAACAUCUGGUUACCAAGCCUUUGA